AUGAAUUUGUUUUGGACAUCAGAGGCCAAAAAGCAAAAUGAAACGCCUGGUGGAAACUCUGCAUCCGGAAGCCUAUCUCAAGUACAAACGCUUGGUCGAUCCAUCAAUCGAGAAAUACUUCACAGCUGUCCACGAAUUUUGGAAGGGAAAUAUGGCGAAUGUCUCCAUAACAGGACACAUUUGAUCAGGGACCUAAUUUCCUCUGGUAACGUUGGAUUGGGCCCGAUUGAGAUAAUUCAUAUGUCGUACUCAAAUAAACAUGAAAAAGAAGAGUUUGGCGAAUACUUCUAUCUUACUGGAAUUGGAGCUUCUAGUCCUUCAACUCCUGUAGAAUUCCUAAAAAUGCUGAGAUCGAACCAACGAAUUUCUAAGAAUAUCUCGAGUGACAUCAUAUCCACUUAUUGUUGUUUUAAUUUUUUCAGUAAUUUGGACAUUCGUGUCAGAUAUGAUGCUGACGGUACUUUCCAAGCAAACGCAAUUGACUGUGGCAAGGAAACUACCGAUUCGACCAUGACGGAAAAAAUGUGGGAAGAGACAUUCGUUAGUUCCAUCAUCAGAGCGAUCAUAACAAACACUAAUCCAGAAUUAAAACCUCCUGGUUUAUUAGAAUGCCCGUUCUAUGUUGAGAAAGAUACUGUAUCUUCUUGCAAGAGAAUUAUUGAAUUAUUGUGUCGGUUCUUACCUCGGUCGUUGGAUUGCGGAUGGGAUUCCACUAAAAGUAUGCAAGUCACCAUUGUCAAUAACUAUUUAAUGUAUAGUUUAAAAAGUUUUAUUGCAAUCACGCCGGGCUUAGUAGAUUUCGCGAUCGAUUAUCUGAAAGGGCUCACCAAGGAAGAUCCAAUCCACGAUCUACACUAUAAGAUAGCCAUGAUCACAAUUUUAGACUACGUACAAAUAAAAGAGCUGGAAAUGAUAACCAUUUUGAAUGAAACAUUGGACCCGCUUUUAUCAUUGCUAAGUGAUUUACCGCCUCGAGAUGCAUAUUCGGUGCAGCUGAUGAAUUGUAUGAGUGACUUAUUGAAUAUCCAAGCAAGAUUUCUUUUGAAUAGAGAAGAUUACGAGCUAGCUUUGAGCGUCUCUAAUACAUCAACCGGACUGGCCUUAGAUUGUUUUGACUCGUGGUACAAUUUAGCCAAAUGUCACAUCAAAAGAGGGGAGUAUGAAAAAGCCCUGUUCGCAAUAAAUUCGAUGCCACGUCUACGGAAAAGUGAUCAAUUUCUCGAAACAGUGUAUAGCAGGUUUCUCACCUAUAGUUACUAUAAAAAACCAUUAAAUGGCGGUCAACAACAUUUCGAUCUAAGUUCAACAGAGUUUACGAACCUGUGCGGAACAUUGAGAAAUUGGAAGGAGGAUGAUUUGAAACGGCAAAUUUUUGGAAGAAUUGCAAUGAUAAAUGAAGGAAAAGUCGGCUAUACGAAAGAAAUUUGGGACGGCAUCGCGAUAGAACUGGGCCCCAUUUAUGGCCCACAAUCCGUGAAUUUGAUCAACUUCGUCUCACAUCAAGAGGCCAAGAAUAUAAAGAAUAUCAAUCUGAUAGCACGGAACACGAUCGGUAAGCACUUAGGAUGGUCCAGUGGUAAAAUAUAUGAAUUAUUGAUGGAAAUUGUGAAGAAUAUUGGGUGGAAUGGACUAUUAAACAUUCGAACGGAAGCCUUCAUGAUGGAAACUGAAUUCUACCAAAUUUCCGCCAAUGUUACGGACGAAAACGGCCAAAUACCCAUGGAAGCUCGAAAGAAACGGUUUUGUGAGCGUUGGCUAGAUGAUUUAUUUUUGGAUUUAUAUCAAGACCUGAAGUUGAGUAAGAUUAAUCUAAAUAAUAAGGACGAGAAAUACAGCGGAUUAGAGUGGGAGCUUCUGGGCUUGACCAUGCUCCGUACUUGGCAUUGGCAAGAUGCUGUAGCCUGUCUAAGAACAAGCAUAGUAGCUCGAUUCGAUCCCGUCAGUUGCCAACAGCUACUAAAAAUAUAUCUGCACCCACCCGAAGAUCUUCAAGAAGUCACAGUACUGGACGCGGACACCAUAAUAGGCUUAUUGGUCAAGCAAAUAUCAUACGAUUGCAGGUAUUAUAACUAUUGCCAGAUUUUCAACCUGCAAGUACUGUGCAAACUAUGCAACGAACUGGGAAUAGAUAUACUUCGCAAAAAGAUUCUCGUUCUACCCUCCAUAGGAGGUGAGAUCAUGGUCAUGAUAGAUACCAUGCUCGCGUGGAUAGGUGACCAAGACCAAACAAUACAGCCCACAUGA